GUAAACAUCCAGCUGACAUCUCGCGAUCAAACCAUCAAAUCUAUGGUUUUAUCUUUCCGCGGAAUUAACUCUUGCCUGGAGCCUUGUGUGUAUUUUAGGUCUUUGUAACAAUGGAGAGCAGUGAGGAAGGAAAUGCACCUGAAUCAGAACCAGUUCAUCGCACCCAGCCGCUGUGCCGCUUCUUCUCUCAAGGCAGGCACUGUAGUUUUGGCAACAGAUGUAAAUUUCUGCAUGUAAGAGAUGACACCAGUGCUCACGAGAAGAAAACUAACAGGACACCCAACAAGCCAGAUGUCCACCAGGACCCUGGUGGAAAUGUGGGGCCCAGGCCUUGUCACGCUAACAAGUCCAUUGCUGGUCCCCUAGCCGCAGGCCGCCGCCCCUGCCGCUACUUUCUCUCCGGCCACUGCACCAUGGAGGACAGAUGUCGCUUCUGGCAUCCACCGCAGCUCCCCUCAGUGGAUGACCUGCCUGUUUCUGGCGAUCAGAUUAGACCCGCUCAGAGGAUGCAACCAGUGCCCCGUCCCGGCAUCUUCCAGGAGGUCAAGCUGUGUGACCUGACUGAGGACGUGGCCGAGCAGCUACGUGAGACAGAGAUCAAGCAGCUGAAGAAGCGUUUUCCCAAAGAUCAGCUGAUUAUUCAGGAACGAAGUGAUGGCAAAGUAACCUUUUACAGGAUGACUGUGGAGGCCACUGAUCCAGACUGGCCUUUUGAUCUGAAAGAAAUUGACAUCAUGGUGAGCUUCCCAGACAGUUACCCACAGGAGAUUUUCACUUUGAAUAUACCAUUGGAUCAGGAUCUGCCAGCAGUUAUGGCAAGACAUACACAACAAGCAUCUUUGGAGUGGCUUCAGGCCAAGCAUGCAACCAAUCUGCUCCGGGGAAAGGUAGAGCUGCUCUUCCGGCCUUUUCUGCGCUGGCUAGAUCGAAGUUUGGAGAGACUGUUCACCGAAGGAGCCAGGCAGUUAAAAAAAGACAUUGACGUAGAAAAGGCUGGACUGCAGUUUAUACCGUACCAGGAGCUCCAGGCAACAGUAUGCGAAAAAUCAGUGAAAGACACCUCCUCUGAUCCUGCCUCUGACACCACUGCUGCUCCUGAUGCAGAUGGGGACACCAGUGGUGAAGGAAAACUAGAGAUGACAGAAGGUGAGAGUGCAGUGGACGGAGGAAAGCUGCCUCAUUCAGGCUGUGAUGAAGAGCAGGAGGAAGAAGUCAGUCAUCUGGUGGAGAACAUUAAGAUCAGUGAUCCCCGCAGAGGCACAGAGGUGAAGGUGCUGGGACUGAGGCUGGGAGAGAACACAGCCACCGUAGCAGCCCGAAAGAUCACGGUUUGUCUUCAGUGUAAUAGGUGUAAAGUAACAGCAGACUUGAUUCUCAAUGGCCGGACAGCAUGCGCAGCUCAAUGUGAAAAGUGCAGUACAAGCAUCAACGCUGCAUUCAGGCCCUGCAUGCUGCACCAUUACAGCGACGUCCUGGGAUACCUGGACCUCCGCAACGUUACACCUGCUGACCUGGUGCUUCAGGAUUGUGAACUCAUUGUGGGCUGCCUCAGCUGCUCCCAGGAGUGCCCUGUCCAGAAUCUUUCCUAUGGACAAACCAAAGAGUUUAACUGUGAACACUGCCACACCAAACUUAGUAUACUGGCGGAGAGUGUAAGAUUCCAGUAUAUUCAGCCCCGCGCUGAAAAAUCAGGUUCAAGUGCUGUAAGUUAUAAGACCAUUAGAGAGCCUGCUGUGCAAAAGGGGAAACCACUACCAGACAAAGGAGCAUGUAAACAUUACAAACAAAGCCAUCGCUGGCUAAGGUUUCCCUGCUGUGGCCGAGCUUACCCAUGUGACGUGUGCCACGAUGAGGACCAGGACCACCCCAUGGAACUCGCCACCAGGAUGAUUUGUGGCUACUGUGCCAAAGAACAGCCGUACUGCAAUGGGAGGCCUUGCAUCAGCUGUGGGAGCAUGAUGACGAGAGGCGCUCGCACCAGCCACUGGGAGGGAGGACUGGGCUGCAGAAACAAAGCCAAAAUGAACAGAAAUGAUCGCCACAAAUACGUCAACACCAACAAAACGGUUUCGAGGAAGGCAGCCAGUGAAAAGAAGUAGCUGGUGAAAAAGAGCAUUGUAUUAAUUGGUGAACUGACAUAAUGAUACACAAAUCAUGAUUUCUAUGAAAUUUUGUGUUGCCUUAUUAAAUCAUGUUGUGAUCAUUCUAAUGUAAUAUUCUGAUCUGCAUUUAAAAUUGGAAGCUGUGUAGUGGAUUGAAUCAAAAUUAGACAUUACAUUUUGUGAAGUGUAGUAGGGCAUGACUGAAAGAAGAACCCAUCAAAUCUCGGAUUUGCAGAUCAGGGAAUUUGAUUUUUUCACUUUAUUUAACCCUUGGAUGCAUGAACGACCAAUACCUACACUCUUCCAUGAGUGGGGUCAAAAAUGAAUUUUAAAAAUGUCUUUAAUUUUGGUUAAAGGUGAUUAUAUUUAUUAUAUUUGGGUMAACAAAAGACUGAUUUUACAUUUAACAUGCUUAUUUAUAACUUUUUAUAAAAAUUUCCCACAAGAAAUAAUAUCAAAAAUCUUCAAAAAUUAUUGUUAGUAUGUCCAUCUGUCUGGAGGACCAGCAUCUGGAUCCUCUACAGCUGAGAUGUCAGAUCCCGCGUCAAUCCCACCGAUGGGCUCUUCAUCCCAUCCGUUCAGGAUCAUAUCUCGAGCAAGGUCUUCGGGUAUCCUAGCUGGCCUCCAAGUAGCCAUGAUAGUCUUGAUGAGAAAACAUAAAACAGACAAUGACACAUAAAACUAUAAAUCAAUAUGUAGCUAUCUAAGUAAAUGUCUGUGCAUUUAUAUGUAAGUAAAGGCACAGACAUGCAUGUGUGUACACACACACACCAAACAAUAUUCAAUAAUCAUAUAAUAGGUUACCUAACAGGUUAGCUUUUAUUACAAGGAAUUGUGAAUACAGUGAGUCUCUACACAACAAAUGCAGUAAUAUCAGAUGGCUUACUAAGCUAGCUAACAGAGUACUAACAUUACUACUUACAUUAUUUUGUAGUUAGCUAACUAGUGUCUGCUUUGUUGACCAACAUGAUACUCUAUCACAGAAGAGUCAUGGAGUUGAUAAAUGAAGAUCAUACUUACAUGUAUGCUGCUGUGUCAAACUGGCCUCCUGCUGGUGAGACUGCAGGCAUCAGAUGAGUAAGUGGGACAGAAAAUGUAUCCUGACAGUCACAGUUGGUAAGAAUCAAAGGUUCUCAAAGCAAACCCUUGAGAUUCUGUAAAAUGCUUGGGGUCAUUUUUGACCCCACUUAUGAAAAACUGGGGUAGUGACACAAAAACUGCAAUUUCUUAAAAUGUAUAAAAACAUUUAAAAAAAUUCAAAUGGCCACAAGUCACAAACAUGUUUUAUGAGGAAUACCUGGAAUAUGGAAGUGUAAAAACUUUUAAUUUCAGAGAUUUUGAAGAAUAACAACCCUCGGGGUCAUUUCUGACCCCACUUAUGCAUCUAAGGGUUAACAUGUGUGGGGUUUAACAUUUUUGUUUAUCAGAGAACAAUUCAUGAAUCUUGAUUUUUAUUUUUUUUAAAU